CGGGGUAUCCAGGUGUUUAAAUCGAACAAACCACGUGCGCCUCUGUCGUUGUACAGCGUGUGGCGUGGGGCUCUCAUAACAGGGAGUCUGUUCACAGGUAGAACCGGUAAAAGGUCACUUAUCUCAGUGUUUUCAGUGUGUUACUAACGAGGCUGCUGUGCAGUAAUUUACCAAGGAGCAGUCAUGGUAUUCCUGUCGCUGUCCUGUUGGAUCAGAAGCCGUGGACCAGACAGAUACUGGAAAGUCCAAGAAGUUCUCAAACAUGCACGGCACUUCAGAGGCAGAAAGAACCGGUGCUACAGUCUUGCUGUGCGGGCUGUCAGAAGAGCUUUUGUAUACGCAACCAAAGCCCGAACGCAUAAGAAACGCAACAUGAGAACGCUGUGGAUCUCACGUAUUGCAGCAGCAUCGCGAGAGCACGGCAUGAAGUAUCCCGCCCUCAUGCACAACCUUGUCAAGAGCAGCGUUCAGCUCAACCGGCGUGUCAUCUGCGAUCUCGCUGUCACAGAACCUCGGUCAUUCCUAUCUCUUGCAAAGCUUGCACGGGCGCGGCAACAGGAGGGAUUCCGUGCGGCAUUGGGUGAUGGCAAAGAGCCUUCUGGUGUUUUAUCUCGUGUUGUUCUGCUACAGUAAAGGGAUUUCAACAGCAACACAUUUUCACAUUGUUUUGUGAUGUUGAGAGCAGUGGCCUAUUUGGAUUGUGGAAAUGUUCAUAAAGAAGUCACAGACAAUCACUCAAUUUCUUUGCUCCACAGUUGCAUGAGUAUGCUCCACACUGGUAACUUACAUUUCUGUUAUGUCAGUUUUAUCCAUGUUGGAGGGAUGAGAUACUCACAGAGCCCUGUUCCUGAAGUAGAAAGUGGUGUAACAUCUUGCUCAAUGAUGCUUCAGCAGGCCUCCAUACUUUAAUUUCUAAUCUUGAAGCACAGUUUCUAGACUCACUAUGCCACCCUGCACUGAUGCUGCAGUUUAACACUGUCCUUUGGCUGUCCCUACUAUCGAGGCCCUUACUGACAAAGUGUGAAUGGGGCAAUUAUUCCAAAUAAUGUUAAUACGUUUCAAGGGAAUACUAUUUGAAGUAAAUUAGUAUUAAAAACACAUCUUUACUGUAGAUCACAAGGACAUAAUCAUAAUCCAAGAUGGCUGACUGUGACCAGAAUGGCAACUGCUUUUCCACAACCACCGGCUUCUGCUCCUUUUACUGUUCCUCAUCACUUCAAUCCAACACUUCUAUCAUGUGUGCCAGAGAGGUUUCUUGCUGUUUUACUUACAAAUGUGAUGCUAUCACUUCAGUUACCUCUCUCAGAAUAUCAGCAUACAACUUAUUAUGUUAUGUUGAAGGAGUCGGAUUGAGACUACUGUAAAGUUGUCUAAGAAGCCAAACCUCAACCUUUAUCAUGUGAUGACUUUUGUCUCUUUGUAUAUAAAUGUAUUUGAUCAUUUGUUGUGGUUUUCUUCUGAAUGUUUAUAUCAUUAAACAUUUUGAUACACA